UUACGCAGGGGAGCUCAACCCACCUGAGGAUCUUCGGCACAAUCCGCUCCACAUUUCCUCUCAAGUGACAAUAUAUCUACCUCUAAGUUUGCAGCCUAAAGCAGUGUUUUAUACUUCUCAGUAACUACUUUUUGUCGUAUCUCCGCCUGCACAUAUCGUGUUUUAAAGGAAUAUAAGUAGCGGGAAAGUCAUAUCGACUCUGAAAUAUUGCACUACGUCUUUUUCUCCGUAAUUGUUUUGCACUUGAGAAUUUUUGAGGAUGCAUACCACCCAAAAGGACACGACUUAUACCAAGAUAUUCGUCGGAGGUCUUCCGUACCACACCACGGACUCCAGCCUGAGGAAAUAUUUUGAAGUGUUUGGGGAAAUUGAGGAGGCUGUCGUGAUUACCGACAGACAGACUGGGAAGUCCAGGGGGUAUGGUUUUGUGACUAUGGCAGACCGCUCUGCAGCAGACAGAGCUUGUAAGGACCCCAACCCCAUUAUUGAUGGCAGGAAGGCCAAUGUAAACCUGGCUUACCUGGGAGCCAAGCCACGAGUGAUGCAGCCAGGUUUCACUUUUGGAGUACCCCAGAUUCAUCCAGCGUUCAUCCAAAGACCUUAUGGGAUUCCUGCUCACUACGUGUACCCGCAGGCCUUUGUGCAGCCCAGUGUGGUCAUCCCUCAUGUGCAGCCGGCCACUGCCUCUGCUACUGCCCCCUCGCCAUACAUCGACUACACUGGAGCUGCAUAUGCACAGUACGCGAGUGCUGCCAGCGCUGCAGCCGCGGCUGCUGCCUACGAGCAGUACCCUUACGCAGCCUCCCCAGCAGCAGCCGGCUAUGUGGCCACUGCCGGCUACGGGUACGCCAUGCAGCAGCCUCUCGCCGCUGCUGCCGCUCCAGGAUCUGCAGCAGCUGCAGCAGCUUUUGGCCAAUACCAGCCCCAGCAGCUGCAAGCUGACCGGAUGCAAUAGCAGCUAAUGGCAUGGAGAGGAGAAGGAGGGGAAGGAGGAGAUGCAAGGGGAGCGAGCCUAUGGACAGCAACUGCUCAUCAGCUGUGAAGGGGAGAUAGAUGGAGAUGAUUGAAGAUAGUUAAAGGGCAUAUUGCUGAAGGAGAAAGAGGAGUUAAUGAGAGGAGGAUGGUGAAUGGUGGAGAUGAUUAGUGAGGUGGGAACUCCAACUGCUUUCCAACUUGCUGUGCUUAACAAAAAAAAGAAAGAAAAGGAAAAAAAAAGAAAAAAGUGAAAAAAAAUGUGGGAAAAAAUCAGAAAAGUAAAAGAUGGGCGAUUUAACUUUUUACUAUUAUCAACAAAUAUUAUUGUUAUCUUUAUGAUUAAUAUUGAAGUAGUAUUUAUUGCUAAAGGAGAACGCAAUGACUAAUCACUGUGGUUUGAAGAUGUAGAAGAAGCCUUAAGUCCCAAUGCUGUCAUUAACGUAGGAGACCGUUCUUCUCGAAGGACGUUAGAUGUCCCCACAGUGUUUUGAUUCUGAAGCCCUGUAACUUAUAUAUUUAUUCUCAUUUUUGAGGGCUCUUUUUGUUCUGUCUUCUCAUGUGCAUUGCAAGUUGUUUUUUUUUCUGAUUAUCAGGGAAAUGGAGCAUUUUCCAGCAAAUUAGUAAAGACGAACUCUGCCAAUCAGGGAAUAGUAGACAUAACUGUGGAGAAGCGGAGAAAACGAAAACGUAGCCGUAGCUUUGUUUCACAUGUUCAGAACUACCUUUUUUAUCUUCCUGAUGCUGAAUGUCCCCCUUCUCUGACUCCUGUUUUGACCUCUUGACCUAUGCAAAGCAAACAAGCCACCAGGAGACAAAACAAACUGCAGGAAAAGCAGAGAUUUUCUGCUGCUCCUCUCUGAAGGACAACGAACAAUUUGAUGGCACUCUGAAUGGACAUAAUGACAUUUGUAUUAUUUGCCUACACAGACAUGCACAUACACAACACUAAUUCCUUUAACACUGUUUGAGUGGGGCAAAAGGCAAGAAACAUUAAAUCUGUGCAGCUCAUACCCACGUAUGCUUAUACAGAAUAAGAUACAGCUUCAAAUGGGAAAACUCUGCUGGAGACUGGGAGUUGGAAGCAGGGAGCAGCUGCUGUGUGGGGAGGGACAGGCGCACACAUACACACACAUGCACGCACACUCACAGACGGAUUGCUCUGGAAAGAACGCAUCACUUGUGCUCGUUUGUUGAGCUGUCACUUUUUAAUCCCUGGGCCCGUUUGGGAACAGGUCCCCUCCAGCUCUGUCAGCAAUUCCACCUCUGUCCUAGAGAGGGGCUGGAGGCUUAAGCACAGGCCACCCUCCCUCUGAACCCCCUCUAACAUCAUACUCCCCCCACCCCACCCCACCCUCUCCAACAUCCACCAGACCACCUCUUGUUAGCAGCUGGACGUGGAGGCGCAACAAGGGAAAGAUAGAGAUACAUACACACCCACACAUAUACAUGCUUUUAACCCUGCACCAAUGAACUACUAUCAGUCAACCAAUCCAUAUCAAGGAAACAUGAUCUCUGUUCUUUUUUGUGUUUUUGUAGGAAAAAAAUGUCGUUCCUAGUGAGAGAUGACUCCAUUCUCCACUCUCUCCAAAAGAGCUAAUGUUAACAUCUUUGUGUUAGAAAGCAGCACUAAAGCCGAGGGUUCGAAUACAAGUACGAGGGUUCUUCGUGUGCCUUACAGUUGUAACGCUAUUUAAAGAGGAAAGAGAUCUACUAUUUAAGAUAUUUAUUUUGAGAGUUAUGUUGCGCUCUAAGGACAGAGACUUAGUGGCGGUACUGUAUUAAUAUAAUGUAUUCAUCUCAUGGCAUAAGUUAUUGAGUAGGUUUAGUUGUAGUAUCAUUAACAUACUCAACCAAAAAUGUUGACGUAGGACUUAUUUAAGAUACAAUUCUGUAUGUGCACUGUACAAUUCUGUUUUUUUUUUCUUUAUGCCUUUCCAUUUUAGAACAUUACAUUAAAUAUCGGCUAGUUUAAUGCCUAUUGUAAGAAGUUUAUUUAAAUGCAGGCCUAUUUGCUGGCAAGUUCUCUUCUUUUUUUUGUCAUAUCUAGGACUGUCAGAUUUGGAAAAAAAAAAACAAAAAAAACAAAAAAAAAAAUCUCCUGGCAAAAACUAAGCAACAUGCUGCUUCAUACACUAGAAUGUAUAGUCCUUGUCAUGGUUGAAUAGCUGUGCUUCUACUGCUUUUAAUAUACAUCAGAUGGGCUAUUUUACACUGUUGGGAAUUUUUAUACUUGAACUAUUUCUUACAAGGGAAAAUAUGAAAAUGAAUAACAAAAAAAACUUUUUAAGGAAGCUUUUCAUUGUCACUGGAUUUGGGCAUGUAAAGUGUUAUUUACUAUUUAACGUAAAUCCAAAGGUCCUCCUGGUAAACCUUAUUUAAACCUUAUUUCAGAUUUUCAACACUAUUUACUCUAAAUGGAAAUAAAAAGGUUCUAUAUUUCAACCUUAA